UUUUGUCCUGGUUUACUUUUCAAGCAUAGUUGUGAUUUUGUUUUGUACUUUGUUCAAGUCUUUUUCAGCACAGCUGUGAUUUUCUGUUUUUUAUAAACCCUUUUGAUUGCCCUGAACUUUGGAGUCGUGCUUUUGGGUCCUGUUUUUUGAGUCGUGACACAUACAGUAAAAAUAACUGCGUCUCGAGCCAUUCUGAUUCAACGUACUUACUUUAUACUUGUUGUUGAAUAUUAUUCCAUGGUUCUUCCUAUUUUUCAUUGUGUUAUCUAGUUUUACUAAGUGCUGACCAGAUACCUGUCACUGCCUUAACUAAACAGGUGACAAGGACGUUCAGCUCGACAGCAUCCAGCAGUCUGUGUCCAUCAAACCAUCUCUGCUUCUGCUUAUGGACUCGAUGGAAAACAAUACUUUCCCCCCGUAUUUCAACCUCACCAUGUUUGUGAACAUUGGCAACUACCGUUACCCGGCGUUUGUCCUGUGUCUCCUGCUGUACGCGUUCAUUGUCUUGGCUAAUCUUGUGGUCAUCGUGUCGAUAUCGCGAGAGAAAACUUUACACGAGCCCAUGUAUAUUUUUAUCAUGUGUCUUUCUAUUAACUCUCUGUACGGCUCUGCUGGCUUCUUCUUCAGGUUUCUGAGAGACCUUCUCUCUGACACUCACUUGAUCCCGCGCACAGCUUGUUUCGCUCAGAUCUACGUCAUUUACACCUACGCAUCCUACGAGCUCACGCUGCUCGGCGUCAUGGCCUAUGAUCGUUAUGUCGCUAUAUGUCAACCUUUAAAUUACCACAACAAAAUGACAUCCAAUAUGGUCUCCAAGUUGAUGGCGUUUGCCUGGAUUUAUCCGAGCUUUUCUGUUGCAACUUGUGUUCACCUGGCCUCCAGACUUCCUCUGUGUGACAAUAAGAUACCGAAGGUAUUUUGUGCCAACUGGCCUGUUGUCAAACUGUCAUGCGUCAGUACUGUGGUUAAUAGCCUCGUUGGGAUGGUGGUGUCCACGAGCACCGUCUUUCUGCCCCUGGCUUUCGUCAUGUACACAUAUAUACGAAUACUUCUCCUUUGUAGGAAUCGCUCCGCAGUGUUCAAGAGCAAAGUCGUACAAAACUGCCUGCCACACAUUAUUACAUUCGUCAAUUACUCCGUGACUGUGUUUUGCGAUGUUGUUCUCAGCAGAAUUAAUCUUGAAGCGCUGAAUCCGUUUCUAGCAAUACUUCUGUCACUCGAGUUUGUUGUGAUUCCUCCCAUUUUGAAUCCUCUCGUGUAUGGCCUGAAGCUGCCAAAAAUUAGAAAAUGUAUGUUAAAUAUGUUGUCAUGUUCAGAAGCUCGGAGAAAAAGCAGAGAGAAAUAAAAGUGGCAUGUGCUGUUUCCAUAAGUCGGUGGUUUGAUCUAGAAUCUAGACCGAGGUCUUUUAUCAUCACUUUUAAAGCGGCUGCAACAAUGAUAUUUCAUAGUGAAUUACUUUAUUUUAAAGCAAUGUGUA